AGUGUGAUGACACACUUCCUUUUCCGGUGUAAACAAACUAUCCAAUAUGGCAAACUUUGACUAGAAGAUACGAGGGAUUGUUCACCCUGAACACAUUACACACCGUGAUGACUGAAUCGAGGAGUGAAGGGGGGUUAGUUCGCUACUACUGCACCGCCGGUAACGGGAUGGAGCCUUUCUUAGUUGACGAGGUGAAGAGGAAGCUGGCAGCUGAAGAUGUGCAUCAGAUGCCAGGUAAAGUGUUGUUCAGCUCCCCUGUGAGGAUUGACAGAGUCGCUGAGCUAAAGGCUGCAGAAAGACUCUUCCUGCUAUUGAAACAUGACUCGCCUGUGCGACUCUCUUCCCACAUCAGCCCAGCAAAGGCAGCCUCUGUGCUGCAGUCCAGACUGCUGGGUGACAGGAAUCAAUGGACCAAUGCUGUAUUGACAUGGAGCCGCCUGCAGGGGGAGCUAGAUGGCCAAAGAACUGCCUUCAACAUAUCAAGCACUGCCCUGGGUGUGAUGAGGAAGAAUGAGGAGGUGGGGAGGAGGAGUGAAGAACUGAGGGAAGAGGAGGAGAAUUGUCAUGUGGAGACUGGAGAGAGUACAGGAGAGCAGAGGGAGGAGGAGAGUGGGAACAGGAGGCUGAGAACAGGCGAAGAAAAUGGAGCGUGUGCACUGGAAAAGAAGAGAAAAAGAGAGACAGUACCAGGAGGAGAAAAGACAAGAAGAGAAACCUGUGGAGCUGAAGCCAAGAUACUGGAGAAAAAGAUAAAGAGGGAGGACGAAAAUAUGUCUCAGAGGACAUCUGAGAGAGAACGAGAGAGAGAGGACAAAGAUGAUGAUGAUGAGGAGAGGAGGAUAGUUAUGGAGUUAAAUAGCUGUGGACAAGAUGUAAAAAAAGGAAUGAUAUCAGAAAGUGGUUUGCAUGGCAGUGGAUCUGUUGGUGCCCACGCUACACCAGCAAGGGACCAUGAUAUAGAAAGUAGCAGCAGGAGGAUAGAUAACCUGGCAGAGGACUGUUCUGUGGAAAACGUGGAAAAUGAAGUGAAGACUACUGGAGAAGAUAAGACGCUGCUGCAGCCCAGCAGGAUCAGACCAGAGAUUACUUCCUCUGUUGGACUCUCUUUUAGGAUCAGCUGCAAGUGUACGGGAUCUCUGUCUAGAUACUUCAGCACACAGGAAGUGAGCAAAAUGAUUGGAGUAGGUUUGGGCAGACUGCUGGGCUGGAAGGCUGAUCUGAGGAAUCCACAGAUGGAGGUAAAUGUUUAUUUGAGUGAUGACCACUGUCUGCUGGGUAUUCCACUAACCAGGUUGCCCUUGGCUAACAGGAACUACAUCAAAACUACAGGUCUGAGGUCGACAGUAGCCUGGGCUAUGGCAUCUCUGGCUCAGAUACAGCCAGGUUUCUGUGUAGUCGACCCCAUGUGUGGUGUGGGAACCAUCUUAAUAGAAGCAGCGCAGGAACACAAGGCUGCCUGUUUCCUGGGUAUGGACAUUGAUGAUAGACAGUUGCAGAAGGCCAAUGAGAAUAUAGAGUUUGCAGAGCUGGGAAACAGGAUACACCUGCUGAAAGCGUCAUCCAUGGUGCUGCCUCUGCCCAGCGCCAGUGUAGAUGCUGUGGUCUGCGACCUGCCAUUUGGCAGGAAGUUUGGCACCAAAACAAACAUGGCUGCCAACCUGCCAGUCAUUGUCACUGAGAUGGAGAGAGUCCUCUGUGUUGGUGGUGCCCUGGUUCUCCUCCUGAGUCCUCAGUUAUCCUGUCUCCUGAAAAAAAUCCUGGCACAAAAAGACACUAAACCAACAUCUAACCAGGAAAUAAAGCCUCAAACAGGAGUACAAGACUGCUCAUCUCCUUCUCUAUCUUCCAGAAAGCAGGAGACUUUCCAAAUCCACCAGGGGGUCAAAUCCCCACCUACCCAGGAAACAGACACUCUUCCUGGGGUAGAACACAGUCUGCCUUCCCCCCUCUCCUCUCUGAAGCACCAGGCAACUCUGAGAGUUAGCUUAGGUGCAAUAGAUGGACUUAUCCACAAAUAUGUCAAGAUAGAUGCGUGAUCAGUGUUUAUGGAAGUCACAUUUCAAAGCAAUUAGUUUAUUUCAUUUUUUUACUGAUCAUUAAAAAGUUAAUUGUUCUGUUAUUUUACUAUUAACUUAAUUAAAGUUGUGUGAUCUGUGGAUUGGAAGGUUCUUCAUUGUGCUAUGGAGGAUCAACAUAUGGUGGAGAUGCAGUUAUGUAAGUUGUCAGUGUUUUUUUUUUUUUUUUUUUUUUUUGUUUGUUUGGUUUUUUGCUCUUUAGAGUAUUUUAUUUUUGAAUAUUUUACAUCUUUUUAUGAAUAAAAAUGUAUUGCUUUAGGGUUGUAUGCAGGGGCAAAGAGUUACAGCAUCUGAUGUUAGUGUAAAACUCAUCAUGUGUAUAUGACUCAUAUACAUAAACAUAUGCUUUGCAUUGCACCACAAAACCUAAAUUGUAACUGAUGAAUUAUCCACACACUACUGUCUUUUAGACUGCUACCUAUUUGUACUUGAGAUCCAAAUCUAUGAUUACACAAGCCAGUCGACUA